GAAAGUAGUGUUUAGGAUAGUCUGCGAGAGCUACGGUGUUGAGAAAUGCUGCGACCCUUACAUCAAUUCUAACUCGUACCUCCUACGAUUCUUGAAGUCCAAGAAACCUGAAGGCAUCAAGGUCAGUGAGAACCCGAUCGGUCACAUGGACAAGAGAUUUUUCUCCUCCUUGCACCGGAACAACAUUAGGGGGCUUGGAUGUGAGGACCAAAGAUGGCGAGUGGUUCAGUUUUGAGCCCUCAGCUCCGAUUUUCAUGGUCAUUGCCGGUGAACCAUGUGUGGUAUUGAGCAAUGGAAGGAUCAAGGCUUGUGUGGUGGUUACAGAAGAGAAUCAAGUGAGAUACUCUCUUGCUACAUUCUCGCACGUCUCAGGGAUGAUCGAGAUGCCAAAGGAGUUCAUCGACGAAGCACACCCUUGGCAAUACAAGCCCUUUAUUCGCAUGGAUUUCCUUUGCUACUAUGACUUUGCCGACAACCGCAUGAAGGGUGAGAGCCUUUAUCAGCUCCUUCUGCGGAGUUCAGGCCAAAUAGCCCUCAUGAUUAAAUCAGAAUGAAUAGAGUAUAUGCUCUUAAUGUGAAAUAAGAUGAGAUUUGAGGAGAUUGUUGUCUCUCAAUCUUCUUUGUUCUGUUUCCUAAACUAAGAGGUAUGCCAAGUUCAGAGGUGAUUGACGAUGGAUAUGGAUUUGGUCUGUAUAAUUUAUAGAGGAUACAAAUAUUUCCUGGGGAAUUAGUGAGAGAUGUUCAUGUCAUUGGCCUUCGCUUAUUCACUGUUACUCAGGCCAAGCCAGUUUUGGAAAAGUUAGUCCACCAAUUUGCAACCACCUUGGACACUAUUAUUUUCAUUUAGGAACAGAGAUCGAGACAUUGGUGAAUAUUUGAUGUAAUGGAGUUCUAUUGCACUUCAUCAUGGGAUGGUGCGAGUGUAAGUUGGA